ACUCUGUGUCUCCCAACAGGCCCCCAAUUCCUUUAUGUCUUCCACUUGCUUUUAUGUCUUUAUCAACUUUAAUCGCUGAAGAGAGUUGUCAGUCCUUUGUGCCACGAACUGGAUGCUGCUGCUGCUGCUGCUGCUGCGCUCCUUAUGGAUAGCUGGGGUACCCUGAGAGUUGGAUGAGGUUAAUUCAAAGUGAUUUCCUGACACUUGACAGUGGUUCUUUGUGAUCUGGGAAGGUGUCUGAGGUGUUGUCAGAGGUGUUAUGCCAUCAAGUUCUGAAGUGCUGGCUGAGGUGGUAGGAGACAGCAAGACAGAGAAGUGGAAGAACAACCAUCCUGUAAGAAUGUCUUCCAAGCAGGCCACCUCUCCAUUUGCAGCUGAUGGAGAGGAAGCAACAACCCAGGACUUAGCAUCACAGGAGCAGGAAGAAGGCAACAAUGAAGAGCUUGUGGCUUCCCAUCUGCCUCUACACACCCUAUUGCACAACAAACCUCACUCCGAGGAGCUACCAACUCUAGUCACUACAAUCCAACAAGACGCUGACUGGAACAGUGUUAUCUCAACCCAGCAUAGAAUGGAGUCAGAAAGUAAUAAGUUAUGUUCCUUAUAUUCCUUCCGAAAUACUUCUACCUCACCACAUAAGCCCGAAGAAGGAGGUCGUGACCGCAGCGAGCUAAUGACCAGUGUUAAUUUCGGAACUCCAGAACGCCGCAAAGGAAGCCUUGCCGAUGUGGUGGACACACUGAAGCAGAAGAAACUCGAGGAAAUGACCAGAACUGAACAGGAGGAUUCAUCUUGCGUAGAAAAGUUACUUUCUAAAGACUGGAAGGAGAAAAUGGAAAGAUUAAACACAAGUGAACUCCUUGGAGAAAUUAAAGGUACACCUGAAAGCCUAGCGGAAAAAGAGCGACAGCUCUCUACCAUGAUCACCCAGCUCAUCAGUUUACGGGAGCAGCUUCUGGCUGCCCACGAUGAGCAGAAAAAGCUGGCAGCAUCACAAAUUGAAAAACAACGGCAGCAAAUGGACCUUGCUCGCCAACAGCAAGAACAGAUUGCAAGACAACAGCAGCAACUUCUGCAACAGCAGCACAAAAUCAAUCUACUGCAGCAGCAAAUUCAGGUUCAGGGUCACAUGCCUCCGCUCAUGAUCCCAAUUUUUCCACACGACCAGCGGACAUUGGCAGCGGCUGCUGCAGCCCAGCAGGGAUUCCUUUUCCCCCCAGGAAUAACUUACAAGCCAGGUGAUAACUAUCCUGUGCAGUUCAUUCCAUCAACAAUGGCAGCUGCUGCUGCUUCUGGACUCAGCCCUUUACAGCUCCAGCAACUCUAUGCCGCUCAGUUGGCCAGCAUGCAGGUUUCGCCUGGAGCAAAGAUGCCCUCCACCCCUCAGCCGCCAAACACAACAGGGGCACUUUCACCUACUGGGAUGAAAAAUGAAAAGAGAGGGACCAGCCCUAUAACUCAAGUUAAGGAUGAUGCCGCACAGCCACUGAAUCUUUCAGCCAGACCUAAGACAGCGGAACCUGUCAAAUCCCCGACGUCACCAACACAGAACCUCUUCCCUACUAGUAAAACCAGCCCCGUGAAUGCAGCCAAUAAAAGUGGAAUCCCCAGCCCUAUUGGUGGAACUCUGGGAAGAGGAUCUUCUCUAGGGAAGUGUGAAAGUUCAUACCAAGAACAAACUUAUGAGAUGGACAUCCUUUCCAGUCUUAACUCACCUGCCCUGUUUGGGGACCAGGAUACAGUCAUGAAAGCCAUUCAGGAGGCUCGAAAGAUGAGAGAACAGAUCCAGCGGGAGCAGCAACAACAUCAUCAUGGCCUUGAUGGAAAACUUCCUGCCAUGAAUAACAUGGGUCUAAACAACUGUAGGACUGAAAAGGAAAGAACACGCUAUGAGAAUUUAGGCCCACAGCUAUCAGGGAAGCCCAGUGAAGAUGGAAAACUAGGCCCAGGAGUCAUUGAUCUUACAAGGCCAGAAGAUGCAGAGGGAAGUAAAGCAAUGAAUGGCUCUGCAGCUAAACUACAGCAGUAUUAUUGUUGGCCAACAGGAGGUGCCACUGUGGCUGAAGCUCGAGUCUACAGGGACGCCCGGGGCCGAAGUAGCAGUGAGCCACAUAUCAAACGACCAAUGAACGCUUUCAUGGUUUGGGCAAAAGAUGAACGCAGAAAAAUCCUUCAGGCUUUUCCUGACAUGCACAACUCCAAUAUUAGCAAAAUCCUUGGCUCCCGCUGGAAAUCUAUGUCAAACCAAGAGAAACAACCUUACUAUGAAGAGCAAGCACGGCUAAGUAAAAUCCACCUAGAGAAGUAUCCUAAUUACAAAUAUAAACCCAGACCAAAACGCACCUGCAUUGUCGACGGCAAGAAACUGCGUAUUGGAGAAUAUAAACAACUGAUGAGAUCUCGAAGGCAGGAGAUGAGACAAUUUUUUACUGUAGGGCAACAGCCUCAGAUUCCAAUCACCACAGGGACGGGUGUGGUCUAUCCUGGUGCUAUUACUAUGGCAACUACUACACCAUCGCCUCAGAUGACAUCUGAUUGCUCCAGCACCUCGGCUAGCCCUGAGCCCAGCAUCCCUGUCAUUCAGAGCACUUACAGCAUGAAGACGGACAGCGGGAGCCUUGCUGGAAACGAAAUGAUUAAUGGGGAAGACGAGAUGGAAAUGUAUGAAGACUUUGAGGAUGACCCCAAAUCAGACUAUAGCAGUGAAAAUGAAGCCCAUGAGGCUGUCACUGCCAACUGAGGAUGUCUGCUGAAUUAAAGUACUCUGACUUUUUUUUUUUGAACAAAAAGUUCUUAAAUGAGCCUGCAUGCAUGUGUGGCUCCUACAGUUACAUCUGCAGAAUGGUCUUAAAUGUUUCUUAAUGUGUGACACAGAUUGUUCCCUAAUUUUCAUGAACUUUUUUUAAAAUUUAGGUGAAGACAUUAAGUAUCAGACAUUGGGACUUGAAAACUUAUACAAAUCAAUAGCUGUCUUACAAGUCUUUCCUUUUUUGUCUAUUUUUUUUCCUCCUCCUGGAUGCUGAGAAAAAGGUUUUAAGUUACUGUUUUAAAUGGGGGUUUUACAUUCUCACUCAGGUAUGCUGUGCCAGCCUACAGGUUGUGAAUGUGUUUUUAUUCUGAAUUAUUUUAGAAAACAAAAACGAAACAAAAAAAAGUGCAAAUUUCCUAUCAUGAAACAGAACAAGUCCUCAUGUGCAUCAGUGUGUCUUUGCUCAUCUUUUUUAAACAAGGUCUCUAAAUUCCAUUUUUUUUCUCCACAUGUAUAGCUGACCUUCUGAUGUGCCAAACUUUCAUAACUUUUUAAUCUUAACAUUUAAAAAAGUCUUAAGGGAGACACUGUAAAGUCUUAGACAAUCCUUUGGCAUCUUAAAAUAUCUAUAUAUCUUUUUAAAAAAGCCUAAUUUUUCCAGAAAAUGGUAAAGUACUCAGGAAUCUGGAGACAGGAUAUUCUUAAAAUAGUGAACAUGAUUUCCACAAUGCACUUGCCCAAUUGCUUCUGCCUCUUGAUGUACCAUCAGUAUAAAAUAUUACGUAAGCACAAAAGAGCGAUCACCAGCUACAGACAGGCCUGUCUUAAGAAUGUACGGCCAACUCCAAAUCCUUUCACUGCCCCUUUGCUUUUAACCCUUACAUUCAGUCUUAACUACAUUUUAUCUUAACAAUGUAUUCAUUCCAGAAUGUCAGGGGUCCACAUACUGAAAAAAAGAAGAAAUUUUAAAGUACUGUUGCGUUUGCAUUAUUUUCAGUUUGUUGUUGACUUCUUUAUAAAAUGCCCCUUUCCCCCUAAAAACCUGUGGUUUUCUUAAAAUAGCAGGAAACUUAAUACUGAAAGGUAACCAUAUGCUUAAAUGGGAGAUCAUGUUUAUAUGUGUCGAAAACAUUUGGGAAAACACUAUGAUACAAAGGGAUGCAGAUGCUUUCAGUAUUUGCGUAGUAUGCAUGUGCUAUGUGUCUGUUUUAUACUUUUAGGCCAGGAGCCAAAGAAGCACCCAGUUAGUUCCAUAAAGCAUCAGGGCUUGUGUUUUCUGAACCAAAAUUCACCACCUCUUCAUAUGAACCAAAUUUGAAACUGAGGGAAGUUGUUUCAGAAUCAAUUUGUGAUGUGACAUUGUUAUCAUGGUGGUUCAAAGGGGAGAAAGUAACAAAAAUCCAACUGGGUCUGCAUAAGCCCUGAAGCUCCCCUACAUCAGUUCUAAAUUAUCCCUUUCAGGUUCUCUUUACUUUGCAUAGUAUACAACAUCUCACCUAGUCUUUCUCAUGAGUUUCUGAAUUAAAAGCUGUCAUAGUUUAGAAUACUGUACUACAUAUUGCCAUAUCAAUAGCCGACCUAAAGGAUCCAUUUACUAUACCCAUCUAUGAUUUUUAUACAGGAAAAGCCACACAAAUCUUACUAUCUCAUAUAAACUGUGUCAAAUGCUAGUUUCACAAAACUAAAAAGAGUUCCAAGCUCAUCCUAUUAUUUUGUCAUUCACUGACAUGGUUUUACUAUACAUGUGUAGAUUUGAUAUUGUUGCACAAAUACAUGCCUAACAUGCAGAAAACUAUUUAGAGGGCUCCAAGUCUUGCCUGACAAACAAGACAAAAAAAUAGCUAUUUCCCAAGCAUAGUAUCAAUAUCAGAUCAAUAUUUGCGAAGUUCUCUCAAGCCUUCAGGUCAAAGAUGCUGUAGAAAUUAUAAUUAUUUAUUUCAUUUCUGAUAUAUAAUUUUGUUAAAUAUAUAAAGAAGCAAGGGGAGGUGGGAACAAAACAUUCCCAAGUUAAUAAUCUAGGUCUUAAUGGAAGUCAGUUUGCCCCCAGAUUUUGAAUUUGAUCAAUUUUAUGCCCCAUGGUCAAGGCCAGAGUCUACUGUUUCAGCUACUUAUUCUCCUCAUCAGUACUUUCUACUGAAAACUACACCAUCUCAUAAAUAUGUAUGUUUAGAAUCAGGCCACUAAUAUUGAAUCAGGCUCUUUCUGAAAAUUUUGUUUACUUCAUUAUAUCUUUAAAAUACUCCAGAAAUAUGGCAAUUUUAUAGGGGCAAAAUAUUUGUGUCCUAAGAAUAAAGCCAACCAUACUUAUAGUUCAUGAUGUGGAAGCCACGCUUCCAUUACAUCUGUGUGGUGACCGCUCCAGGAACUGAACUAGUUGUGUGCAAUUUUCUCUAUGCCAGCAAAAACUCAACAUGAAUGGUCUGUGGUGUUGGACACACAGAUAUCAUUUACUAAUCCAGAUGGAGCACUACCAUGCAAAUGCAAUUUAAGCAGCCUAUUCCAUGCUGCCUAUUAAUUCUGUGAAGCAGGGUUGUGUUGAGAGUUCCACUUUGUGUAAAGAUGCCAUCUCUUACUAGCUUUGCUCAGGGGAAAGAGUGCCAGGAUUUCUAAAAACAUUUCUGCACCUUCUUUGAUAGCCAAACCUGCAUGUAAUAAAUGUGUGGGCAUGAACCUAUUCUUCUGAAAACCCAACCCAAACUACAACCUUGCUUAUGGAGCAGGGGGUUGGACUGAAUGACCCUCAGGAUCCCUUCCAACUCUAUGACUAGGGCAGAUGGGGUUCUUUCCCUUUCCAUAGCCAGCAAUGUCUAGCAUCUAGCUUACAUACAAUUAGAUUUUUCAUUAUAUUAUGAUCAUUAUAUAUAUUUUUCACUUCCUUGACUUCAAAGGCUUUUCAUUAAUAGAACCAACAUAAUGGCCAUGGCUUACAAUGCGUGAGCAAGUCAUUUGUACUUUGCUCCCCCCUGCUAGCACUGAGAGGAAACAAACCAUAAUCUCUGGCUCGAAACAGAAGCCUUUUUUUGGCAUUAAGCAGUAUAUAAAUUUAAUCAUCAAUGUUCCUUUGCUUGUGCGGCUGAAUUACAGAUUUUGUUUUGUUGUGCUUGGAACAAACCAAGAAGUGAAGCCAGUUUGUUGUUGGCUUUCCUAUCAUGGUUUUUUGUUGUUGUUUUUUUGAGCUUGGAUGUUAUUCUAAGGCAGAGAUAGUCAGUUUUUCCCAUGCAGCACUAGACAGGAGGAAGCCCAGCAUGGUUCAUUUGUGUACAGUAAACCAUGGUUUGUGGCUUACCAUGACAUACAAACAUAACCAAUAUCAGUGCAGUGUUGGCAUACUAUCAUACAACCUUGCACGGCUAGUAAAGAAAACUAAUGCCCUGACAGCUUUCAGAAGCAACUGCUGGAGGUAGUCAGCUUUUGCAAUAUUAAAAUAGACAAUUUAACCCAGACAAGCAAAUAGGGACUGCUAUGUUUACAAGAUCAAACACUAUUCUGACAUAUAAUACUCUCAUCAAGCUUUGGCAGCCAUUUUUAAAUCCAAAAUAAACUUAUCUUUCUUUACUAUUUAUUUGAAAAGUGUUCCCAUGUCUACAGCUGAAGCAAUAAAACUGUUCUAGCCGAGAUGUUAAAAGCACUUGCUGUGUCAUUAGCUGGUGAGCGUCCUCUUUACCUAAUUAAGGUACUAAAAGAAAAUCAUUUCUUAUUAAAAUUGUUUGGAAAUUUGAAGUGUUCUAAUACAUGUAGUUUGGAGCGGAGGUACUCAUUUCCCCUAAAGAAUGACUAUUUAUUAAUUUUCUACAGGUUUCUCCUGUUAUAAAUCUCUCUCCACCCUACAAUUCAUUUCUUUUCUCUGCAUUUCUUCAUGGUUUUUUUGUUGCAUAGGUAGAAUGCUGUAUUGCUAACAUUGUAUUUUCUGUAAUUAUUUUUGCACAAAGGCAAACAUUUAGUUUAGUGGGUUAAUUUCUUUUUAUAAAUUUUAUUACCAUGCCAAAAUAAUAUUCUGCAGGCUGGCGGAGAACAAAGGACUGUUCUUUAGGACUGAAACUUGAUUUUGCUCAUAGUACAAAAACACACACUCACAGAUGUUAUUUCAUAAGUGUUAUAAGCACUGGAUAUAAAUGGUAUUUUUUAUCACUUCUAACUAAUGUGAAACUGUUGUACAAAAACGACAUGAACAAAAGUCAUCUGUUUCGACUCGUGUGGGCCUGCCUCACAGUUGCCGGAUUUGAGUCAUUUUUAUGUCUUUGUUAUUUCAUUUAUUUAUGCAAAAUUCUUAUAUGUAUGAAUACUUUGUUUUAGCUCCAGCCCUGCAUCUGCGUUGAUGCUCCAAAACUUAAAGGUGCAUUCUUGACAAUGAAUGGCUCUUCAUGAAUCAGCAGAGGGUAGAAAGCUACUUUGUUGGUCAGUUUGGGUAAAAAAAAAAUGUAUUUGACUCUGAAUAGUGCAGAAACAGUGUAUUAUAUUUAUUAGCCAAAAUCUGCUCUAAAGUGUCAGUAGGAAAUCAAGGAAGGACAAUCAUAUGGAAACAAACAUUUAUCCCCAUUCUUAAUUGGAGCUCAAAACAAAGUUUUUGAUUAGUCACCAUCUCAUCUUCGUUUUUUCUUAAAGUGUAAAUAUAACAUAGGAAAUAGAAUUUUAUUUUUUGUUCAUGGAUACCUAGUGAAGUAUAAGUUAUGUAUUUACUUUGUUCUGUAUCAGUGUACAUUGGUCCAUAUUAAAUGCUGACAAAUCACUGUACCUCAUGUAGAUGCUGAAUUUACACCUGCAGUGCGAGAGCAGUGUUGUGGACCUGUAGCAAGGAUGGCAAGUCGCCUCACUUGUGCCCUCCUUCAAAUUGGAAUCCUGUAUUUCAUAAACACUUAACCUUUCAAACUAUUUCACCUGCUUAUAGAACAGGGGUGAGGAACCCCUGUGGUCCCUCAAAAUUUUGCCAGACUACAACUCCCAUGAGCCCCAGCCCUGAUGGGAGUUGGAUUGCAGUCUCCAGAGGGUCAGAGGUUGCCCACCCUUGCUAUGGAAUAACAAUCCUCAUUGUCUUCACUCUCUGGUAGUAGCAUCAUAGUUAUUGGGACUAAUAAAAGAGAUACAGCCUAAUAGUCUGCUCUUCAGGAUUGCUGCAUCAGCAAAUUAGUACAUAGGAUGUGGAAUGUCUAUUCCUCUUGGGCAGCACUACAGCCUAUUACUUCAGCCAAGUGAAAGGAUGUAAAUGACAUUUACAUUCCCAUUUAAAUAAAUGGGGCAAGUUGGUUAUAACUGACACGUCCCACUGAAUUUAUUAAAUGAAACAUAACUUUCUCUUGAUUGGAGCCAUGAUGUGACACUGUUGUUGCAGGCUGAAGCAACAGCUAAUUCUCUGACACUUUUGCCAAUGCAGUUCUAUAAAAUUCCUCAGAAGUAAACGAAAUAGUAUAAUUCAUCACUGAAUGGCUUAUCUCCUCAAAAUAUACCACCCAGAUAUAUUUCAUUCCCUCCUCCCACGUAAUUAGUUACUGUAAAAAGCAACUGGCUUAAGAACUGGUUUACUUAAGUGCCAGAUUUCUAGUUUAGUUUGGGCUCAAUUUGCUUCAUAAUUUGCAGCUUGAUUCCAAGUGAAUCUGAUGGAAGUUCUUAGAUUUUGUCUGAAAGCAACCAAUGUGAAUAGUAAAAAAAUGUGUCAAUGUGAAUGACAAACUAAGUAUAUAAAUACACACAUGAACAAAUGAUGCUCUGGAAGGCCUUUGUAAGCGAUGCCAGUUAACACUAAACCGCUUCGGAUCUGUGUUUGGUGUGGAAUAAUUUCGGCAUGUUUGAAAAAGUAAAUAGUUAAAUUGACUUGAUAUUUAACCAAUACAAACUAAACUCUUAAUAAAACACAAUGCCACAGGGUUUAUGUUUAUAGAGAGGAAAAUAGCUCUGAUCAAAGGGCCCAUUUCUAAGAAAAUAAGUUGUAGCCUUAAACAUCUAUCCUUAUGCUGUGGACAGCAGCUCUCUAGGGGAACAGGCAGUCUUCUGCCUUUCCUGCUAACUGACACUUUUUAACUGGAGAUGCUAGGGUUUGAACCUGGGACCUUAUACAUGCAAUACAUGUGCUUUGUCACUGAGCUGAACCCCCUCCCCCUCCCACGUAAAUGUAUGAGGGUACCCAGAUAUGCAGUUUGGGGGAAGCUGUGGGAUUGCCAACUGAUCCAGAAUCAGUGUGCAAGAGGCAGCGUAAAGAGGGGGAUGCUAUUACAACAGGGGAACAACUCGAGGUGGGUGCAUGUUAUGUACAGCAGUAACUUGAAAACAGUGAUUGUUUAAACGACUGUGUAAAUGAAACAAUGAUUGUGUAAAUGCAAGCAUCCCCUAAUACAAAGUUAAAGCAUGAUAUCCUACUGUACCUAAUGUUGCUCUUUGUCUUAUUAAAACCUGACAUUUUUUUCUACUUCACUGAAAAUAACUUCCCAGUAAGAAAACGCUACAACGCUCCAAUUCAGGAAAGCACUUAAUGCUGGAAUCUUCAAGCCACACAUUCUGGAGUAGUCCCAAUGGAAGCCCAUGGUGCUACUUUAGAGAAGGUGGUAUGAAGAUCUUAGCCUCAGGCACCAGUUUAGCUUAAAGCAACCGAGCCAUUCUACCGAAGUCCAAAAGAGUUAGGUAUAUGUUUAAAGCUGAGCAGAAUUAUAUGUGUCUAUCUGGACUGGAUCUUCAGUACCAACAACUGCUCUAGAAUUCAGCUGGUAAAAUGUAAUAAUAGAGUAUUUCAUAUUUUCAAUUUUAAAAAAAUAGUCUCAGAUCCUAGACGUUUGCAUGUGUGUUUAAAGACUGAAGUUGGCACUUAAGCAUGUCCUGUUUAAAGACUAACAUGUGACCUCAUUUGAUUUUCUUUUACAAAAGGCACUUACUCUUUUUCUCAAACUCUUACUUUCCGCCUCCUCCCCCCACUGCCCCCCCAUUUCCUUUUAUUAUCAACCAUUCUUCUCUGCAGUUCUUGGACAACAUGUUUGAUAUACUGUAAUUCCACAGUUCCAUGUUAGAAUGCAAAACGCAAAACAAAAAAUAUUUACCUAAGUGGGUUGGUAUCUUUUUUCUUUAUAUCCAGAUUUAUGCUAUUAGACUACAUACCUUCCCUCUAAAUAACUAGUCCAAGAUUUAAGUUUUAAGAGCUGACAAAAUGAUAUUCUGAGAUAGUUCACUCAUUGUUUUCAAAGAGGAGGGUGGGUCUGGGGCAUAUGUGUGAAAGGAAAACGUUUCCAAUUGGUAUUUAUGGCAAUAUGAAAGUUAUAAAGCAGCUUAGUGACACAGUUUGCUUUAUAACUUCUGCUUUCUUCAAAAACCACAAGUGAGGUCCUUGGUGCUCUCAAAAAAGUUUGGGGAAUGUGCAAAUAUUUAACUGUUUCUAUGCUGCACAUUGCAGACCUGCUCGUGUGCAUUCUCCGUAUUGUCUUCCUUUGUCAUUUGUGUUUUGCUUUCUCAAAAGCACAGGGUUGUUUUUCCUGCCCCCGCCUCCCUUGUACCCUUCAUCAGCCUGUAGCAAAUUUCCGAAUGUUUUAGUAUUUCUGUUCCUUCAUUAUUGUAUUUGCCAUGUACAAAUGUUUUUAUUACAUUAAGACAAGCUUAUAAGCUGUUACUACAUAACUUAUCUUACUGUAACUCUUUUCUUUCCUGACAUUGUAAUUUGUUUGUGAUGUAUAUUGUGAGAUUGUAUUCUAUGUUAAUUUAAUCAGCACAAUUCACUGACAUGCUGGACUGACAUGCUAGCUGCUGUUUCAAAGUGUAAAGUUUUUGUGUAGAGUUGUUGGGGGACAACUGAGACUCCCUUUGUCAAGGUACUAUGCUUUGGUUCCUAUAGCAACACUGUGGGUGUGGCUCUUAUGAUGCUAGGGCUGCUGAUUCUACACCCACAAGCAUUUUUUUUUUUACUGGCAAGUUUUCCGUGUAGAAAUUCUAUAUACAGUGCAGGUACCUAUCUGGGCCCAGGGCUGGUAAUUAUUUGGGCAUGUAGAGAAAAAACAAACAAACCCUAGUGUCUAUUGCUGCUUUGAAUAUGUUUUAAAAGUCUGAAAAUGUAAAUAGUUUAUCAAAAUAAAUCUUGUACAGUCCAGUGUAAAGUUUUUAAAUGAACUUAAAAGGUUGCCAUUACAUCUCUCUCACACUCUCCUCUUGAAGCAGUUUAAAAAGAAAAGAAAAAAGUUUGCUAAGGAUGUUGAUUUUUUUAAAGUAUCUGUGCUCUUAAUUUAAGCGGGGGGAACGAAUCAUUCUUAGCUUUGCUUCAUAGCAUAAACUGAUUUCUUGGAUUUUGUUGUGCAGUAUUGACGUGAGGUAAAUUAAAUAUUAAAUAAUUUUUCAGUGGUACUUUUAAGAGUCUUCUCCUCUCCUCAGAAAUUAAUGGAAAAGACAAAACUGAAAAAAGACUGUCUUUAUAUCGUAUAUUCUGGUGUAUGUUGGCACCUUACCAUAUUUGAGGGGAUUUUUUUCCUUUUUCCUUCCUUCCUUUUUUUUUUUUUUGCACAAGGUGCUUUCCUGAUAUGUUAGACAUGUCAUCAUUGGGUGAUACCAUAUGCCAUGAUAAGGGGUUCUGACCCCUCAGGGGAGUGUCUAUAAGACUGCCUAUUUAUGCUCAUUUACCUCAAGACUGUCCUCUCUACCCUUAAUCUAUUCACCAUCACUCCAUCUUUUGUACUGCUGUUGACACUUACAGAUUAAAGAUAAAUUUUGUUUUA